CUAAGGGGAACGCCCCAUAGGCUGAGCAGAGGCUGAACACAGGGAAAUGAAACUAACCCUGUCACGCUGCCAUGGCCGCAGACAGCCCUGUACUAAGUCUCCAGGAUGAACUCUCUUGUUCCAUCUGCCUGGAGUAUUUCAAAGAGCCGGUGUCUAUCCACUGCGGGCACAACUACUGCAGGGCCUGCAUCAGCCAGUUCUGGGGGGAGACGGAUACAAACUUCUCCUGCCCCCAGUGCAGAGAAACCGCCCAGCAGAAGCUUUUCAGGCCCAACAGGGAGCUGGGGAAAGUUGUAGAAAUAGCCAGGCAGCUGAGUUUCCAGGUCACAGUGACCGCCGGAGGGGAGCAAGGGUGUGAGACACACCGGGAGGCCCUGAAACUAUUUUGUGAAACGGAUCACCAACUAAUCUGUGUGAUCUGCAGAGAGUCGCAGGUUCACAGAGCUCACACGGUGUUCCCAGUGGAGGAGGCGGCCCAGGAGUACAAGAAACAAAUCCAGACCCGGCUGCAGACUCUGAAGGAAGAGAGAGAAAAGCUCCUGGGGUUGAAAAUGUCAGCAGAAGGGAGAAGCCGGGAGUAUCUGGAGGAGACAGACGCCCAGAGGCAGAAGAUCAUGUCCGAAUUUGAGCGGCUGCGCCAGUUCCUGGAGGAACAAGAGCGACUCCUGCUGGCCCGGCUGACAGAGCUAGAGAAGGGGAUGACAAAGAUGAGGGAUGAAAAUGUCACCAAACUCUGCGAGGAGAUUUCCCAUCUCAACGAGCUGAUCCGUGAGAUGGAGGGGAAGUGUCGGCAGCCAGCAAGUGAAUUCCUACAGGACGUCAGAAGCACCCUGAGCAGCCUGUCUCCUAGGUGCGAGAAGGGGCAAUUCCAGCAGCCAGUGGAGAUUUCUCCUGAGCUGGAGAAGAGACUCAGCGAUUUCUCUCCGAAAAUCCUUGUUCUAAAGGAGACGCUGAAGAAAUUGAAAGACACCCUGCCCUCCGAACUGGAGAGAAAAUGGGCGAGUGUGACUCUGGAUCCAGACACGGCUCAUCCCGAACUCGUCCUGUCUGAGGAUCGGAAAGGCGUGAGGAGGGGACACAAGCGGCAGCUUCUUCCCGACAAUCCGGAGAGAUUUGACGCUGAGCUCUGCGUGCUGGGCUGUGAGGGGUUCACCUCGGGGCGACAUUUUUGGGAGGUGGAGGUGGGGGAUGGAGGAGGCUGGGCCGUGGGAGUGGCCAGAGAGUCUGUGAGGAGGAAGGGAGAGUUUAUCUUUCGACCUGAGAAAGGGAUCUGGGCUGUGGGACUGUGGAAGGGUCGGUACUUGGUUAUCACCUCUCCUGCGACCCCUCUGUCUCUGAGCUGGGUGCCCAGGAAGAUCCGGGUGUCUCUGGACUAUACACAGGGGCAGGUGGCAUUUUUUGAUGCGGAUAGUGAAGCCCCGAUCUUCACUUUCCCACCGGCCUCAUUCAUGGGGGAGCGAGUCCACCCCUGGCUCUGGGUGGAGAUGGGAUGCCAGCUCAGGCUGUGCCCCUCCGGCAGCAGCAGAGGAGCUCGGGGUCGGGCGCUGGGUUUGGAGAAGGAUUUACAUUCCCUGCUGGGCAAAGGCCGUUCCCCGCCAGUAGAGGAGAAGUUUGUUUCAAUUGGGAAAGUCCAUGGGCCACUGAAGGGAGCCAUGGCUGCAGAGAGCCCUGUACAGAGUCUCCAGGAUGAAGCUUCUUGUUCCAUCUGUCUGGAGUAUUUCAAAGACCCGGUGUCUAUCCACUGCGGGCACAACUUCUGCAGGGCCUGCAUCACCGACUACUGGGAGGAGUCGGAUACCAACUUCUCCUGCCCUCAGUGCAGAGAAACGGCGCAGCAGAGAAACUUCAGACCCAACAGGGAGCUGGCGAAAAUUAUCGAAAUAGCCAAGCGGCUGAGUUUACAGGCAGCCAAAGGCUCAGGAGGCGAGCGAGUGUGUGAGAAACACCAGGAGACCCUGAAACUGUUCUGCGAGGAGGAUCAAGCCCCCAUCUGUGUGAUCUGCCGAGAGUCCCAGGCUCACAGAUCUCACACUGUGGUUCCCAUAGAGGAGGCUGCCCAGGAGUACAAGGAAAAACUCCAGAUCCAAUUACAGACUCUGAAGGAAGAGAGAGAAAAGCUGAUGGGAUUGAAACUGACCAAAGAGGCAAGAAUCUGGGAGCAUCUGGAGCAGGUAGAAACUGAGAGGCUGAAGAUUCUGUCUGAAUUUGAGCAGCUGCGGCAGUUCCUGGAGGAACAAGAGCGAUUCCUUCUGGCCCGGCUGGAAGAGCUGGACAAGGAGAUUGAGAAGAGAAGGGAUGAGAACAUUGCCAAAUUCUUGGAGGAGCUUUCCUGUCUAAAUGACAUGAUCAGUGAGCUAGAGGGGAAGUGCCAGCAGCCAGCGAGUGAAUUCUUGCAGGAUGUCCGAAGCACCUUGAGCAGGUGUGAGCUGGGGAAGGUCCCGCAACCGGAAGAGGUUUCUCCUGAGCCGGAGAAAACCCCCAGCAGCAUCUCUCAUAAAACUAUUGCCCUAAAGGAGACUCUGAGGAAAUUCCAAGCGGAUGUGACUCUGGAUCCAGACACGGCUCACCCCCGCCUUGUCCUGUCUGAGGAUGGGAAAAGCGUGAGAUGGGAAGACACGCGCCAGCACAUGCCCGACAAUCCCAAGAGAUUUGAUUCUUCUCGCUGUGUGCUGGGCCUGGAGGGCUUCUCCUCGGGGAGGCAUUACUGGGAGGUGGAGGUGGAGGACGGGGGAGCCUGGGCUGUAGGGGUGGCCAGAGAGUCUGUGAGGAGGAAGGGACGGGUCAAUGUUAACCCGGAGGAGGGCAUCUGGGCCGUGGGUCAGUGUGGGACUCAGUACCUGGCUCUCACCUCCCCCAAGAUCCCCCUCUCCCUUGCUGAACGGCCCAGGACAAUCGGGAUUUAUCUGGACUGUGAAGAGGGGCGGGUGGCAUUUUUUGAUGCCGAUAACGAGGCCCCGAUCUUCACUUUCCCACCGGCCUCUGUCCCUGGAGAAAAAAUCCUCCCUUUACUGUGUUUGGGGAGAGGAUCCCAGUUCAGAUUGUGUCCCUGCAUCACAGGGUAUAAUAUAGAGCCUUAGAAAUACACAUGGUUAGCCUCACACGGCACAGUUUGUCCUGGAGGCCAAAGUGUAUUUGUGCAUGUCAAACCCAAGAGAAGGGAGAAAAGGCAUCGAACUGUCUGUUUGUCCCAACACUGAUGCUGCAGGAUUACAGCAGUUUGCAGGGACAUAGACUGGGGUGGGGUAACCAGAGCCAGAAACGGGGCAUUGGAGAAGGGUAACUGGGGUAGAGGGG